UUUGGAGCGUGUACUUUUGCCACCCUUUAAGCGUGAACUUGCGGUUUCCGGAUUCUUCUUCAUUUGUUGUCCGUUUCUUCACAUGAAAGGCCUCUCCUGUUUUUUCCUUUCGGUUAUGGUGUCGUACGGCUUGUCUUGCGACUGUUGACGCACGUGGUGCGAGUUUAACGAGCUUCCUCAUGUUCCCAGUCUGUGGCCAUCGUGAGGAUCGUAGAAUAUGAGGCAUUGAUUUGGUGAGAGGUUCAGCGUCUGAUUUGGACGGUGAAGAGCUCGAGUCAUGCCAAUUGGCAUGUGAAGGGAACUCGAUUUCAUCUUCUGUGUGGGUUUGUGGUUCCGGAGAAGGGUUCUUGAUUUCUUUUCCUUAGUUAACCGAGCAUUCUAGCUUAUGCCACGUCUUCGUGGGGUUCUUGUGCUCAACAGAGUGGUAGGAAAAACAGGCAGCAACUGUGGUGUUUUAUGUUCGCACAUCUUGCCAUCUUGGCUAAGAUGGUGUGAUUGGAAUUUACACAUCUCACAUCUCCUUGUGAAUAAGACGGUUCUUUAAAAGAGAGUGAUGUUCAAGUUCAAGAGGAGGUUCAUUCUUCAAAAUAGCAAAGGUGGGGGAUCGAUGAUGGUCAGAAGUCUUGCCCGGUGCCCGACAAACUUAUUAAAACAUCCAACCCUCCAUUUGUAUGACCUCUAAUAGUUCAGGCAGGACGCCUGUGUAGUCAGGAGAAGAGUACUCAGUUCGUUUUUGCAACAAGGAGUCAUCAAAGACCUCUUUUGUUGUGGCAAGUUAUAUUCUUGUGGAUCCUGUGGCAUUUGAUGGGACCCAUGGAGGAGAGAAUUGACCUUGAUUCUGAAGAGGUAAUCCCUUUUCGUUCAUCUCCAAAUGGCAGGAAAGUUCAUCCAUUUGAUUUUGAGACAGUACAUUUAGCACCUCGCGGAGGUGUUGUGAACUCAUGGAUUCAUGAGCAAAUAAAGAUCAGACCACUCAUAAGUAUCUAUAUUGUGUUGAUGAAAGCGAAGAUAAAUAUAUUGCUACCUUUUGGCCCACUGGCCAUACUGCUACAUUACCUCACUGGAAAGCAUGUUCUGGUCUUCUUCUUAAGUAUGCUAGGCAUCACACCUCUCGCAGAGCGGUUGGGCUAUGCAACUGAGCAGCUUGCAUUCUACACGGGACCUACAGUUGGAGGUCUUUUGAACGCCACAUUUGGAAACGCCACAGAAUUGAUAAUAUCAAUUUAUGCAUUGAAGAAUGGAAUGAUAAGGAUCGUUCAACAAUCAUUGCUCGGCUCUAUUUUGUCUAACAUGCUUUUAGUACUUGGAUGUGCCUUCUUCACUGGUGGGAUCGUACACCAUAAGAAGGUUCAGGUGUUCAAUGAGGCUGCUGCCUCGGUGAACUCCGGGUUGCUCUUGAUGGCAGUAAUGGGAAUAAUGUUUCCAGCUGUUCUCCACUUCACACACACUGAGGUUCACUUUGGAAAGUCAGAGCUUGCUCUGUCAAGGUUUAGCAGCUGCGUGAUGCUCGUUGCAUAUGCAAGCUAUAUCUUUUUCCAGCUAAAACAUCAACCCAGUUUACCUAGUGUCAAUCGCAAUGUUGAUGAGGAAGGAGUCAGUGAAGAAGGUUCUGAGGAAGAAGAAGAGGCUCCUGAAAUAACCCAGUGGGAAGCAAUUGGUUGGCUAGCUGUUUUGACCAUGUGGGUAUCUGUAUUGUCUGGCUACCUAGUAGAUGCUAUAGAGGGAGCAUCUGAUUCAUUGAACAUUCCUGUUGCGUUUAUUAGUGUCAUACUUCUUCCAAUUGUGGGAAAUGCGGCAGAGCAUGCAAGUGCUAUAAUGUUUGCAGUGAAGGAUAAGCUUGACAUUACACUUGGAGUGGCAAUUGGAUCAUCUACGCAAAUAUCAAUGUUUAUGAUACCCUUCUGUGUUGUUGUUGGGUGGUUGAUGGGGAAACCGAUGGACUUGAACUUUCAACUCUUUGAGACUGCCACGCUGUUCAUAGCUGUACUAGUAGUGACAUUUAUGCUGCAGGAAGGGAAGUCAAAUUAUCUGAAAGGCUUGAUGCUUAUCCUGUGCUAUCUCAUUGUUGCAGCGAGUUUUUUCGUGCAUGUGGACCCUUCAGGUGCUAUUCUUCCACCUUCUACCUCUGAUGAUUGCAGUGGCAUUCCGGGCUGGAAAGGAACUUUGGGCUUUUGUACAUUCGAGUGGAUCCCGCACUUGAGUAAGAAUCGGCAAAUUGUAUCCAUUCUUCUCAAUGCUUGUUAUUUUGUCAUCCAUCCCUUACGGGGCGGUGAAUUGACACGGCCACUACGGCAUUAAUGCAAAAUUCCAAAGUUUGCUU